CCAUGUUUAACUUGUGUCUGUAUUCCCAACAGUGCGUACGUAAAAAUGUUGCCGUUCAAACUGGCUCACGGAGCUUUACUGAUGGUGUUCUCAAUAAUCGCCAUGGAGGAGUUGCAUUGCAGUGCUAUUCAAGUGGACCCCCCCGAGGAGAUUAAAAUCAUAGAUCCUGAUCAUCUUGGCCGUCUGGAGAUUACAUGGACUCUACCGGCGAGUUUACGUAAAUUGAAAGACUGUCCUCAACUGUACAAGGUGGAAUACUUCAACGCUUAUUCGCAGAGAUGGGACAUUAUUCAGACCCCUCAGAGGACAUACAGCGCUCAGUUUGAUCUGAUGAAGGAAAUACGAGUUAGAGUGUACACCCUGCUGAGUGGACGCUGCACUAAUAACACUUGGAUCAAGAGUGGGAACUUCACGGAAUUGGUGCAGAAACCUCCAAGCCUAGGUCGUCACGGUAAUGCAGUCAAAGAUUUCGGGUGCGUGUUUCAUAACAUGGAGCGCAUGAUCUGCAAGUGGAGUAAAAAUCCUACAUCUCCAGCCAACUCACAGCUUUAUAUGUAUUACUGGCACAGAGAACUGCAAAAAGCACAGGAGUGUCCCAUGUACGUCUUUACAAACGGAGAUAGGAGCGGCUGCAACUUCACAGGAAAAGCUCUCCCCGAUUUUACUGAUGUCAAUUUCUGUGUCAACGGCUCAUCUCCAGAAGGUCCCCUGAGGCCUACGUACAAGUCCCUCCAAAUCCAAAACUAUGUGAAGCCUGACGCUGCAAACAAGCCAUUUCUGCUGCCAGGAGUCGCCCGUAUCAAACUCCUUUGGAGGAAACCGGAUGGAAAAGUUCCUGGGCACUGCUUAGAAUGGGAGGUGCAGCACACCAACGAUGGACCACAAAAUGAAUCUGAGCCAAUUUCCACCAUGCGCACAAGCCUGACUUUGCCUGCUGUGGGUAAGAAAAACUGCUUCCGUGUACGCUCCAAAGUGCACAAAUAUUGUGCGGCAGGAAGCUUCUGGAGUGAAUGGAGUCACCAAACAUGUACCAUAUUUGAACAGAAUACAACAAGUGACACCGAAUUUUGACCCAUUUUUAAGAGUCUCCAGCACUUGACUGAUGGUGUCCCACAUGGAUCCAUGUGGAGCCCUCUUACUGUCUACCACUGACUGAAUCCAACCUGUUGUUCAUGUUGGUGGACAUAGAGUAAUUGUGAACCGUUGGCGGCUGGAACAUGUUAAAUGGAUAUCCAUUUAUUUCAAUGGUGGGAAGAUGAUUUUAAAUGAGUACAGCAAUAUAUUUAUUCUUUGCAAUGUGUGAAUGUUAAGUCAUAUUACAGGGGAAAAUUACAUUCUUAUUUAAAAAAAAAAAAUUCUAUAUGCUUUUUGUCAAUGUUUAAACU